GUAAGGUCGAAGCACCGAAGCAUCGAGACCGGUCGUUCCAAUCCACGUGGCUAUCAUAGUACCUGGCCAGGCUUCGUCUCCAGCGUCUGCUCGUUAGACCAGGCUCCCAGAAAUUUGCAGAUAAAAGGGCCGUGUACUUGCACUUGCACUUGCACUGCUAUUUCCUCCGUCAACCGGGUGUGAGUGCGAUUCCUGUCGAAUCCUCGAAUCCCAGAACACAUCAAUUCCGUCCGUCCGUACACAUUCGCCCAGCAAUCACCAUCUGCUUACAUAUCGUCAUCGCACAAACCCCCACCACCCCCCCACCCCCACCACCAUAACAACAACAUUAACGCGGCUCCUCACCCCUCCCGUCGAUCAAACAACCGCAUCCGCUACAACCCGCUACCGAGCCUUAGAAGAGAAGAAGAGAAGAAGAGAAGAAAAUGUGCAACUACUACCGUCACGUCUACGCCUCUUGCGGACAUACACGACUCGUCUUUGCAGAGCACUGCAAGGCCGGCGCACGGGUUCAACGGCCGUGUAAACAGCGCACCGUCUGGCAGACUAUCGAGGUCAGUGGGGAUUGUCGGCCAUGCGGGGGGACGGAGGAUGAGCUGGCGGACUGAGCGAGAGAGGGCACCGUCGGAG